GCCAUCUCCUGUAACUCACGUCCCGAUGCGCCUCCGAGGAUGAUUGUACGGUAUCGACACCUGCUAGCGACCACCUUAGCCUCGAUACCCUGAGCUUGUCGUCUAUGCCGCUCCUCUCUACACCAAAUUUAUAGAUACUACCAUGCCUGGUCUUCCGUCUACCGUAGACCUCGACGAGUGCAUCUCGCGGCUGUCGAAGAAAGAGCUGUUGGCCGAGUCUGUAAUCGAGGCAAUAUGCGCCAAAACGAAGGAGCUCCUUAUGAAGGAGAGCAACGUUGUGCACAUUAGGGCGCCGGUGACGGUCGUCGGUGACAUCCAUGGCCAGUUCUUCGACAUGAUGGAGAUCUUCAAGAUCGGAGGACCAUGCCCUGACACAAACUAUCUUUUUCUAGGGGAUUACGUUGACCGCGGUCUUUUUUCAGUCGAGACAAUAUCGCUUCUGGUCUGCCUCAAGCUGCGCUACCCACAUCGAGUCCACCUUAUCCGCGGCAACCACGAGUCUCGCGGCGUCACACAAUCGUACGGCUUCUACACCGAGUGUUCGCGAAAGUAUGGCAAUGCGAAUGUCUGGCACUACUUCACCGACAUGUUCGACUUCCUGACGCUAUCGGUCGUCAUCAAUGAUCAGAUCUUCUGCGUACAUGGCGGUCUGUCACCUUCUAUACAUUCUAUCGAUCAGAUAAAGAUCAUCGAUCGCUUUCGAGAAAUUCCACACGAAGGGCCGAUGGCAGAUUUGGUAUGGAGCGAUCCUGAUCCUGAACGAGACGAGUUCUCGCUUAGUCCUCGAGGAGCUGGAUACACCUUUGGCGCGCAAGUUGUGAAGAAGUUUCUAGAGGUCAAUGCUAUGUCGCAUAUUCUACGAGCGCACCAGCUCUGCCAGGAGGGCUUCCAGGUUCUCUACGAUGACAGACUGAGCACUGUAUGGAGUGCUCCCAACUACUGCUACCGUUGCGGAAACAUGGCUAGCGUGCUGGAGGUUAGCGAUACCGGCGAGCGCUUCUUCAACGUCUUCGAUGCUAGCCCGGACAAUGAUCUGCACAGAGCUGAGCAGCAACAACAGCAGGGCAAGGAGGUGACAACGGAGUACUUCUUAUGAUACCCAUUGUACGUACUUACGCGUUAUGGUAUCGAAAUGGGACUUGCAUGCGGCGUUCGGCGUUGCAUACUUUCAAACGAGCAAGGCGUCUUGGGCCAACACAGUGGCACGAAGAAGCAGAUAUUGCAUAGACAAAUGCACACACAAGGAACGAGCAAGUACGUGUAUGUGAGUUUUUUGUGAUCUAUUCUCUCUUCUCUUAUGCAUUGCGCUCUACCGUUAGCAUCCCAAGUACUUUGUUUCGAC